UCUGCUGUCUACCUGUUCCAGGUGGAGCUACGAGUAACCCUUGACACUGACAUACAGAAUUUUUAUCAAGAACCGCAGUGUCCGAUCGCCUUGCGUACCUGUCUUCCUGGCGAGAUGACGGCUACAUCAAGAGUGCUUGUCACUCUACACAGGGGAACUUUUGGCAAGGUUGAGACAAACGAAGAUUCAUGCCACCCUGGCGUCCUGACAGGGUACUGGCAAUCAUUAGGAGGAUCCUUAUUCCAUGACAACAGGGAAUCAUCCCACAAGACGGAUGAACAAGUUCGGCGACUCGUCACGCCAGGACUGAGGAUAAAUGGAGAGACUCGGCACAUUGCCUACGACGUUGAAGACUUCCCUGGCACCCUUUGUUUUCCUCCAACAUGGACCACGGUCACUGGCAACAGAUCGCUAGGAAAAAUACAAGACCACUACGCUGUAUACACCGGCUUUGUUAUAAUCAUGGGGACAGACGCUAUGGCGUAUGUCGGCUCCGCGUUGUCGUUCAUGCUGCAGCACCUCAACAAGCCUGUCAUCUUCACGGGGGCCAUGAUCCCAAUCUUCUACUCGUCAACAGAAUCUGCUGUGUUCUCAUCAUGGCGACUCACAAGGUCCCGAGGUACGACAAUGGUUGCCCCUAAUCUGCUACACCGUGGUAAACUCUCGUCAACAGUUUACGGCUUCUGA